AUGAACAAGUAUUCUGUACACUCUACAAACAGCUUAAAACCAUGUAUAUCUGCGCCAACAUGCAGUGUGCAUCGCCACAGGCCCCGCCCCCCGCCCUGUCCAGAACCAGACAAGUGCUAUAAAAAAUGUAUCAAACGCAAGAGCAAAUGUCCCAGCGCCAUGGACACAGUUAGUCGCGUGGGGUCUCCUUGCGACUGCGCCAGAAUUCAGUCCAAAGACUCGCGACUUAGUAACAAACGUUCGCGGAAAACACAUAGAAAACGUAUUCGAAAAGCUUACAAACAACGAUCUUCAGAAUCUAGAUGGCGCCCCCAUAAAAAAUGUUGUGUUAUCCUUUAA